AUGGUAGUUCAUAUCAUUUUCGCUAUUCUACUUGCAUGCGUUAGCAGAGGUAGUGCAAGUCCAAUAGAUCAUCCGAUAUCUCCCUUCGCUGCUAACUACAUUGUCGAUGGAUCGGAUGCAGAGGAGAAUGCGGCACCGUAUCAGGUUUCACUGCAGAUUGAUGGUAACAGCACAUGCAGUGGAUCGAUAGUCGGUGAUCGAUGGAUAUUGACAGCAGAGCACUGUGUGCCAUUGUUACAAUUUUUCUCCGAACGAUCUAACAACACUCGUGUUGUAGCAGGCACAAAUGAUUUGAAAAAGGGCGGCACACCGUAUUUUAUAGAUCGCUUUUUUAACUACGACAAUUGCUCAACAAUGCUAGUGCAUAAAAUUAUGUUUAAUUUUCCGCCUAAUGAUAUCGCGUUAAUACGUUUAACAACGCCGUUGAAAUUCAACGAGCGGGUAAAAAAGAUUGAGUUCACGGCAGAAACUGUGCCGGAAAAUGCUACACUUACACUGACAGGAUGGGGAGAGAUGAGAAAUGGGACGAUACCUACUAAGCUGCAAACCAUCAAUGCGCCCUCCAUAGGGAUUGAUCGUUGUCGGGCUAUUUAUAAUGAAAUCUUGGUGAAUAACGGCACAAUUUGUAGUCUAUCAAAACGGGGCGAAGGAGCAUGCAUGGGCGAUUCUGGUGGCCCUGUGACAUGGAAAGGAAAACUGGUCGGUAUAUUCAAAGCAGUACACAAAAAAGGGUGCGGUGAGGGAUUUCCAGAUGUCCACACAAAUGUUGCCUACUACUACGAAUGGAUAAAGGAUACUAUUGCCAACAAUAGCGUUUAAAAAUAGGAAUUGAACCGAUCAGAAGCAAGGUUUUAAAUAUAUUUAAAAAUGUGAUGAAGCAUAA